GAAUCUCGGUGAUAUUGAUAAAAGAGGAUUUAUCGGUGAGAUAUAUAAAGGUAAACGCGCACUAGUUCGUCAAAGUUCUAGUGUGAUAGUCGUUAUUAAUAAGUGUUAUUCUUUUUAUUUAUAUAAGAGUAAAGUGACUCUUCUAACAAAAAUGAAAGCUCUUGUCGCUGUUACUGUUUUAUCUUUCAUCAUCUUCGUUUUUACCGAGCCAGUGAUCGUACCCGACUGUCCAGAAGUCGAUGGUCCAAACGCUACUCUGCUUAAAGAUCCAUAUCAUUGCGAUUCGUACUAUAUGUGUUUAGAAGGCGAAGCGAUCCCAAUGAAGUGUCCAAUAGGCUUACACUUCAACGAUAUAUUGAAGACUUGCGAUUAUCCGAAAAAAGCCAAAUGCAAGGCUCUUCCACCACCCUCUACUGAUUAAAUGGUUAUUAUUUAUCUCAC